AUGAUCUUAGUGACUUCCCAUCCGGGACACCGCAAAUCAAGGAAGGCAGUAAGAGAGACGUGGGCUGCGCCAGUCACAGAAGCAACCUACACCUGGCAAGUUGUCUUUCUGAUUGGUCGUACAGUGGACAUUGAAUUGGACUGGCAUAUUCAUAAGGAGCAAGAGGCUUACGGUGAUAUCCUGAUGGGCAACUACCUGGACACCUACCGAAAUCUUACGUUGAAAGUGAUGCAUGGGAUGAAGUGGGCAUCAGAAAGGUGUCAACCACAGUACAUUCUCAAAACCGAUGAUGACUGCUUUGUCAACACUGACCAUCUUCCUGCCUUUUUAGCCAAUCAUAACAUGGCCAAAACUGGUCUUUAUGUUGGCUCAGUGUUUCCCAGGGAGAAACGUAUGGUAAUACGGGAUCACACCAGCAAAUGGUAUGUUUCACGACAACACUUCCAGCUGGAGUUCUACCCCCCGUACGCUAGUGGCAUUGGGUACAUUUUAUCUCUUGAUGUGACUAGAACAAUCCUGAAUGUGGCUGAGACUAUUCCACCAAUUCCAGUGGAAGAUGCCUAUAUUGGGAUUUUGGCCAGGAGAGCUAAGAUAAAGCUCCUUCCAAGUUCGCGGUUCACCAAGUACAACAUAAAGUGGGGUAUCUGUAACUACCGGUACUUAAUGGUGAUUCACCAGCUGCUGCCAGGAGAUCAGGAAUUUGCCCAGAAAAAUGCACAGAGGGCAAGGACUCAUUGUCGGCAAAACACUGAAGUGACACAUUGGUAG